GGCUGUACCGUGCUAAACAACGAAGAAGAAGCAGCAGCUCAGGCUCUGCAGCUGCAGCAGAAGAAGAUCGCCUCCAUUUGUCAUCAUUUCGUUGCAGCUAUCGGCGGCCUGUACGACUAACCUCUGCGAUAUCAACUCCGAGAAACAGGCGAGCAAGGUAGGCUCCAGAGAAACAAUAUUUAAGCGGUGAUUGUGAAAUAAGAUGACAGCUAAGUUCGUCGUUGUUCAAAAGAAGAGGCGCAUCCGCGGACAAACCAGAAACCCGGCUUUUAGCACUAAUGCUAACCGCGUUAGCUUGCCCGCAGCGUCACCGUCUGAAUGGUUUAGCGCUUAGCUGACGUCUGUUAAAAGAGUAUUUAGUUUGCAAAGUUAUCACGUUGACGAAUGGUUGUGUCCUGUAGAUAUUUAGUCACUGCACUUUAGGUGAAUUAGGCGUUAGCCCUUCUUUGUGGUGUGGCGUAGAUGUUAAGGCCUGGUGAUGGCUAUAAUUAGCGGCAACUGCUGACUGCGGGCCAGCUUUACCGAUCUCGCACACCCAGAGAGAGAGGGAGAGAGACUGUCCUCGGGGACUGACCAAUGUUCCCAGCUUUAACUUUGAUUUUUAAUGCACCGGAAUAACAGACAUGUCUUAUCCUUAAUAGUAGGAAAGAGCUUCAGAUUAGGCUUGUGGUGUCAAAGUCUGUGAUCAGCGUAAAGCGUGUUGUACACUACAUAUUAAACAAACACCGAGGCUAUCCAAGUACAACAGCUCCAACACCAACCCUACCUCCAAAUUUUCUGGUUUUGUUCAUGAUCAGACAGAUACUAUUUCUUACUGAGGACACUGAAAUGUGUUCCUUAUAUUUUGCCCACUUCAUUAGCAAACACGAGGAGAGAAAUCAGAUGGAGGAUCUCUCAUUAUAAUGCACUCCAGUUCACCACCAACACCCUCUACAUUUUGAAUAAGAAUAACAGUGAUUACCGGACUGAUUGUGUCAGCGAAACUAAAAAUUUUCAAGUAUCACAAAAGUAGAAUUUAUGGUUUGGGUGUUGUUAGGGCUGGGCGAUAUUGGAAAAAGUUUAUCAUGAUAUUUUUUUUCAUGUCAGUUUAUGUCGAUAUAUAUCAUGAUAUUAAAAAAUCACUUGUCAAUCUUAAAUCUUCCCUGUUAAGGUCCUUACACACCGGGGCCAACGCGAACGUAGAACGUGAAAUUAUGAAAUAUUCGGAGGCGAAUUUUGACGCGCCUGACUAUACACAUCAAGCUCGAUGCGAUUUUGCUACUUUCCGGGGGCAAAAAAGACACAUCCCAGGUGGAAGCAAGAAGACUGACACAACAGCAGACUGAGUGUUUUUCAGUUCUGAUUAGACACUAGUGUUGAGAUGGCUGUCUGUCAUGAUAGCAUGUACUGAGUCGGGGCCAGUACCAGAUAAGCACAUUAAACUAUAAUCCAUAAACAUAAGGUAACAACUGAGACCUAAUGGUGCUGUGACAGCAACGCGAUUGAGUUUGAGACAGUGAAAAUAUUUAUGGUAUGUUGUAUCUGUACAGAUUAGUUAACAAGCUAAAGUUACUUAGUACAGAUGAAAGUUAAAACAAGGACGUUUAGCAAACUGUUAAAAGACACAAACUAUCAUCAUAUGAGAAAGCCGAUGCCAUGACUCUCCACAAGUUGUCCUUCAGGUUAUCUUUGUAAUGUUUGUGUCUUUUAUCAAAAAGCACUCUGUUCUCCAACACAUAAACAAUUAGCCGGUAGGCCAUGUUGGAUAUACCGGUGAAUCAGACGUCGCAACAACACGCAAUCUGAUUGUAAUCCGGUGUGAAAGGACCUUUACUCCUACAAGGAAUUUAACAGUGUUUAUUGGUAGCAUGUCUUUUGCAAUACAUUAAGUUACUGCAUCUGUGAGGUCUUUUUGUCUCUUUGACGUUUUGUUGUCAGGCGCUGCGCUAGAGAAAGUAAAAUGGUCGGCUGUUUUGUCUGCAUAGGCGCCACCCCUUGCUCCGGUCGGUGUUCGUAACCUUUUGCAUUGCACGUGCUCUGCCGCGUGGCACCUCUUCAGUUGGUGAAAAAGAUUGGAAGUAUUCCCCAACUUUGCGAGACUUGAUAAAAUUUGCAGCACACAUUACUCUGCUUUAUGUCCGACCUCAAAAAAACAAAAUACCCCCACACCACUGAUGUUUUCAUGCUUCAUUUGUUGAGCUUUCAUCUGCAUUUCUGCUGGGGGUAGCACUCAUUUUAUUUUUUUCUCACCGACAGUGCUGUCGGCUUCACAUGUUAAAGUGCUAUGAUUGCAUUUAGCUGCAGCCUGCUACUACACAGUUGUUUGCUACUUGGUUCUAAUUCAGCACAUGAUAGGUUCAGCGCAGUGCGGACCCGGAGCAACUCCCCUUUUCACUGGCUAUUGGUAUAGUCUACCAAAACAUGGCAGAAUGCUGACUAUCAAAAAGCAUAUUGGCCAUGUCUUAUAUCAAUAUCAAGGGAAAUGAAUUUUCGAUAACGGCGUCAUGUUAUCGCCCAGCCAUAGUUGUUGUAUUGGAUUGUAUUGGAUGGUUCAUGUGUUUCAAAAGUUAUGGCUGAUAACUUUACAAAAUAAAAAGUAGUGGAUUCAUGCCUCCUCAUAAAAUUAUGCAAAUGUUUUCAGAUAAGACACUAUCUGUGAACAUGUGGGAAGGACGAGGACCCAGGCAAGGACCUCGUGGAGGAAUGCCCUUCCGGUAAACAAGCAUCAUUCAUCUGUGGCCAUUCAUUUUAGGACCCACUUCAGCGUAAAACAAAACAACAGCUCUAGUUAUUUGUGUACCUGCACUUGUGUGUACCUGCACGUGUGACCACCUGUGAUUUUGUUUGCAAAGGAGUGCACUAUGGUUGAAAAUGUGAUGUAAUGUAGAUAUCAGGAUUUAGUUUCAUCACCCUAACGGUGUUUUCCAAAAUUUGCUCAUCAGUGUGUCUUUCUUGCAAAACUGUACACUGAUACAUUAGUCUUCUUUUUUUCAGAGGUGAUCAUCGUGGAGAAAUGUUUGGUGGCAGAGACCGCCCCAUGCCUGAUUUCCACGGUAGGGAUGGUAUGAACAGGGGUCCCAUGGGUAAUAUGGGCCCAAGACAUGUAGAUCUUCCGCCCAUGGAUAUAAGGAGAAUGGAUGGGCCACCAAUGAGGGGGCGCAAUAUGGAUCCUCAUAACAUGGAUCCUCGAGAGAUGGAUCCUCGUGAUAUGCGAGGCAGAGAGCCACACCAGGAUUUUUUCAGACCUGGAGAAGAGCCAGACUUCAGUCUUCGUAGGCACUAUGAAGUUUCUAUCAGAGACAAGCUGUUGAAUUCUGCUGGUUAUCCUGGUCCAGGCAGGAACUCAGCCGACGUGGGAGGAAGAGGAAUGCCACCACUGGAACACAACAACAGAUACAUGGAUAUGAGAGACAGAGACUCAUGUCAUAUGCCUCAGUUUGAUAAUCCUAACAUGGAUGGCAGAAGAGGGUUUCCAAUGGAGCGAAAUGAUGGCUUCAGAGACAUGCGGGACAGACAUCCAGUUGGGAUUGGUGACGAUGAACGCUACGACAUGGACUUGCCCCCACAUGAAAGGAGAAUGAUGGACACUGAUAGAAGGGGAGGGCCCCCUUUCAAUCCGAGAGGUGGAUUUGAUUCGGAUAUGGAUUUUAGAAGUCGUCAUGGGCCAUCAGCCGAAUUUAGGGGUAGGGAUCGCUCUCCCAUAAGAUAUGGAAACAAUGAUGUUCCUCCAGGGGACAGGGGACGAUCAGAGAUGCCCUUAGAUGCUGCUGGCCCUCAAAGAUCAGAUUUUAUGGGAGCUGAAGAUUCGCUGAGAGAGAGAGAAUAUCGAGAAUCAAGUGAUAGUCCCCUGAUGGAUUAUCGGAGUGGAGAAGAAAUGACUCUUGCCGAAGAAUGGAAGAACCGUAGAAAGGACAAGAACCCUUACUUGAAGAUGGAUAGAGGUUUAGGUGGUAUGCCUGAGCCCAGCUUCCAUGUUGGUUUUGGAAGAGACUCCAAUGUACGAGAUCCACCACCAUUUCAGGAACGAGACAGACCCCCUGUGGACUUCCAAGGGAAAGACAUUGGCUUCCCUCACGGAGAACCCUUUCCUGUGAUGGAUUUACCACCAAUUGGCAGUAAACCUCCACUGGACCGUCCACUUCCAGACAUAAGUCCCCUUUCUGGACCUGUUGGGAGAGAAAAUGAGAGCAAACAUUGGCUUGGAGAAAGGGACCCCAAACAAAAUCAGAACAAGUCAGGUCGCAAUUCAAGGCCUCCUUACCAUAAAGAGAAUAACAAGGUCUCGCAUGAUAUCCAGACGCCGGGUGAUUGUUUUAAAGGACUCAAAGAUGUCCCACUUGGUCAAGAGCCAGUCAGAGGAAAAGUGGGGCCAGAAUGUGACAUCCAAAGCAGCAGUACUGUACAGUCAAGAGACCAGGACUACAGGGACAUAGAUUACAGAACAGGGUCUGGAAGAGCUUUUGAUUACAAUCACGAGGAGCUUCAAACAUCAGAAAAACUCCUCAAAGAACCCGAACCUAUCGCACUUUCUAAAGUUAGCGAGUCUGGCUCUCAGGUAGGUGUACAUUUAUCAUGUAGCUAAUGAUUACUUGUUAAGUUAAUCACUGGUUGUUUUGUUUUAUUGUGUGAUAACAAGAGUUUUGACGAAUUGUCUCUGAAAGGAUCAAGAUUACAGGAAUGCAUCACUGGAGGACAAAGUUUCCAAUACUAUAUCCAUAAUUGGUAUCCCAAAAACUGCCACAAUGGAGCAGGUAAUUAACAAAAACACCUUUUUGCAUAUUCAUUUGUGAAUGGAUGGGGGUAGAUUAUGCAACUUAUUUGUUGAUUAUCCUGCAGAUUCUUGGUGCCUUUGCAGUCCGUGAUGGUGUGCCAAUGCAGGGAAUGAAGAUCAAAAAUGUGGUGCCAGGUAGGAAUAACCCGUCUUUGUGAAACACUUUGGGGCGAUCGCAAACAUGUCCCUCGACAUUUCGCUUCCAUGAUAUUCGAAAACUCUGCAAUCUUUCUUUCAACGUUCUUGGUUGCUUCUGUUGUUGGUUGUGUGUGCGAAUUCGCUUCGUAAAGAGGGGAAAAGGGGGGGUGUUGUUUAUCAUAUCAGUGGAUGACGGAAUCAUCGCAAGAUUUAAAGGAUUUUCCAACGAUACUUGAAAAGAGCUUUGAGAGUGAUAUUAAAUAUCAAUCACAAAAUCAGGUGAAAAGCGAGUCACGGAAUGCAUCCUUUGGUAUCACUUUUUAACGGUACUCUGAUUUAAAAAAAAAAAAUGGCUGGAAUGGAGACCACCUUGUCCCUGAUCUAAAAAAGAUGCUUUUGUAUAAAGAAAGAGAUGAUACCAAGCUGUUUAGAGAAUUUUUCCUUUUUUUAUUCUCAAAUGAUAUUGAUGUUGCUCUUAUUAAACCAUAAUGCCCUUGACUGAGCCGAUAUAUGUCGCCGGUUCUUUCAACUAAACUAGUCAAUUCUUCCGUGCUCAUGGUGCACACUGUACACUCGUUCACUACAGCUGGGUUUGAGUAUCUGUCAGUCAAGGCUUGGCUUUAUGAGAGCCUGUCCUGGGAAAACUGUCUGAUCUGAUUUGAGAUCAGCCGUAGACAAGCAAAAACAAAACAUGUCUUUUCCUGAAAGGUAUGUGUGUGUUCUUACAGGUGUAAAAAAUCCGCCCACAUUGAUCUCGAUGUAUUCACAAACUGCUGUGUUUCAAUGUUUUUAGUCGGUGACUGUCAUUGCUGGCAUUGACUAACAAAGAUCCAUCUGUAUUUCAAAUGCUGUCCCCAGGUUACAGCUACGAUACGGCCUAUGUGGAGUUUUUAAACCUCGAGGAUGCAGUCCACUUCAUGGAGUCCAACAAGGUGGCCCAUCCUCGUCACUCUACGACGGCCGUCACUCCCAUCAGGAUUAUAAGGGGUUGCGAGGGCAUUUAGUAAAUGGGGUGGGAGAGAACCUUAGAAGGGGUUGCUUGUAGUUUAAUUAAACUUAUUAAGGUUAAGGAGAGAGUAUGUCAGUUUCUGACUUAGGAAAUGCACUUUUUUACAUCUCAUUUACCCUAAUUUCACAUAAAUUACCAACACUUGUCCAAUCACCCAUAAUGGUAAUGAAGUUUACAUCUAAAUAUCAAGAAAAAAGUGAUAGGGUUUAAUAAUUUUGAUUUAAGAAAUUCUCUCCAAGAGCUAACUUGUAUUUUUAGUCCUCCAUUUUUUAAAAUUUAGACCCUGUAUUAUCAAAACCUUCUCAGGUGUUUGGGGGAAAGAAACGUGUCGCAUGUUUUUAUUGUUCUGUUACCCUAAGGAGACAAUCAAGGCACUCUGUUUAGCCACCUUUUCACGAGUUGUGACCUAGCCUUUGCAAGAAAGGAGAAUCGAAUGAAACACGACCAUUAGCAUCACUUGAGCAUUCAGGUUCUAUGAAAUACUGGUUUUCUCUUUGUUAGAAGUGACCGAGAAGAAAGUUUAUGUGGUAAAGAGAGAACAGAGAACCUUUUCCGAAAACCCGAUCCACACUCAGGCUAAAAACAGCCCUGCGUAGACAUGACGGGGGCUGAUUGCCGGAGAGGUGGGCUGUGCCGGCAAGGAGACACAUUAGAAGAUAUUAUAACAGAGCUAGAAAAAUUACAACAUUAGAUCAAAAGUAAUGGAUGAACUGCUGAAGCGCCUUGCUGGGUGUUUUUGCAAAAGUUGAGUCGUGUUCAACUUUUGAGGGAUGACCUUUUACGUUAUGCUGGAGUCAAGAGCAAAGAAGAACUCUGCCAGACUAGCCUAAUUCAAAUGAGUGUGAUGUUACUGAGCUUCAAUCUGUCUUUUCACUCUGGUUUGGUUGGUCAGUAUCACUUUUGGUAGCUCACUGGGUGCAAAAGACUAAAGGGCAAUUCAUGAGCAACCUCUGCCGAGACCAAUCGUCAUGCUUGUCUGUGAGUCAGAAUUGCUAUUGUUUGGCCUCUGGUGUUACAUCUUGGUUUGUUUGCUGGCUUGAAAGGUGGAGAAAACUCAACUUUGGUGGGUGCUUUGUAGCAGACAGUUGAAUGAAUAUUACCUUCCAUGAAGGUGGGUGGGUUUCUUUGGAUAAUUCCAGUGGGCUUUCUCAGUGUUGGUGAUUAGUGGUGUUCAGAUGAUCUGUUUGUUGAUCCACCACUUUGUUGAAAACAUGUAGUUCACUCUUAAAUUAAUACCUUUUUGUUUUGGCACAGAUAACCAGAGCUUUCAGUCGAUGAAGCCUUCUGCUUUUGUCACCCUGACUGGUCUUGCAUUAGAAGGAAGUUGGCAGCUUCAUAUGUAACUGAAAUGUCUCAGUAACUAUGCAGCGGUUCAUAUUUGCAGCGUGCAGAUGACUUUUCCUCUAGAAUCACCCAUAGGUCAGAAUUUUUAUCUCCACAGGACACCUAGUAGAUUUAUUGGUGCAGAUAUCCAGGGAACCCAAUGGAUGAUCACUACGAACUUCACAAUGGCUUUUCCUUUCCUUAUGAGUCCCUGACAGUGAAAUGUUUUAACAGUUAUUGAAUGGACCGAGCUCUUCAUCAAAUGCCAUCACUUUAAAUUUUUUUUCUAUUUUUGUUUAUUUUAAAAUUCUGAGCCUCAGCCUGCAGACGGAGUGCGUACAAACUUAGUCUUUUUGAUUUUCAGUUUCUUUUACAGUUAUUCUUGUGGCAAACUCUUCUACCCUCACACUUGUGAUCAUCUGCAGCUUUCCAGAGGAGUCCAUAUCAGCUUGUUCUUUUUCUCUUGAACUCUUCAGUGCUCAAAGGUUUUUUCCUUCCACUUUGACUUGCUCGGAGCAAUUUGACAUGAGGACGAAGUCUUGGAUAUUGGCCGGUAUUGUUGUGCUUAUAAGUUCCUUUUAAAAAAAAAAAACAUGGAAUCACUCCUUGUUUUUUGAAUCAUUUGAUGAUGAAGUGGGAAGUGCGUAGCCGCGUGUUGGUUGGCUUUGCUUUUUCAAUUCAGAGCUUUUACUUUACUUUUACUUCCUAUCGUUGAUCUGCAGUGUUUGAAAGCUGCGGAUCAAAAGGUUGAUGACAAUGAGUUGAAAGUUGCCCAGUCAGUAAUUGCAACAUACAGAAGCUGUUACGGGGAUAAAGACAAAGUUUUGGGGGUGGUAUUUUAUGGUACGAUUUCUGAAGGUACUUGGGAGGUACUUCAGUUUGAUUUCAGCUAAGGUAUGGAUCUGCAACAUGAAGCUACUUUAAGGUGCCUAUUGAAGGAGCUUAUUUCUCCUACUUAAGGAGUGGUGCAGCAACCGAGGCAUCUACGAUGGGAUUAUUUGUACACCCUACCUGUUUAUUCUACACUGGAGUGUCUGGUUUUCGUUUGGACGGCUAUAAGCAACAACUUAAACACUUUGUUGUACUCGCUUAGUAGUGAAGACCUUUUGCUGCUUUCUCUCUAUUCUGAGAUGGUAAACUUGAUGUCGUUUGGUUUUCCUCAGACAAAAAAAUUAAACCUACUUAGGAAUUUCGUAAUAUUGGUGGAUAUUUUUCAUUGUUUGGAAAAGUAUCCACCACUGCUUAAGAGAAUGAGGAAAAUUGACCAAACCAAGCAUCACAAAAUGACUUCCUAGAAUAGUAAUCAGAUCAGCUGUUACAGGUGUCAUUGUAAGCAACAACCCUAAUUUCUAUUCACUUUACAUUAUUCUUAGUGGUAUUGGGGCAAGUGAGCUGUGUAGCGCAUAGUCGUGGACUAGGCUUUGCACACCAUCAAAAGUGUUUGCCCAUUUUAUCCUCAGCAGUAAAGAGGAUGGCUAAACCUGCCACAGUGCAUGUUGGGUGUCAUUUGCUUUACUUACUAGAUAUGAGUCAACAAUGAGACGACUCUAAUCGGUCAACUGUGCUGUUCUUUCAGGGAUCUCUAAAGGUUGGCACUAGAACAUCAUCCAUGAAGUAUGUCCAUCCAGAUGAGCUUGAUAGAAGUGUUCAUGUAAGUCGUUUUCUACAAACCAAAUCCCCCCAAAAAUCUGUUUCACCAACAUUUCCAACAGCUUCCUAACGGUUUCGACCCUCUUGUGUCUGAACUAGGAGUCUGAUCACAAAGUACCUCAACAUCCGCCACCCCCCUUGCCCAGACAAGAUGAACCUUCAGAAGGGAUCAGCUUGGAUGGGUCUACGCCUAAAGGCCCUGUGGAGCCUUUGUCCAACAGCCAGUGGCAGCGCAGCUCUGACCUGACUCCAGAGGCCUGGCAGCAGCAGGUGGACCAACAGCUCCAACAGGAAGAAAGCGAGCAGCAGACAGAGUCUUGGGGCAACCGCAACCCUGCUUCUGAAACUUCACCUAAAUCAAAAUCCGUCUUUAAAGACAGCAAAAGUAUGUUUACCUUCAGGACCUUGACCUUAAACAAACUCUGUUGACAUGUUUUCCUGAUGGUAAACAUGUUUCCUUUGUGUCACACUGCAGCCAUGAUCAUCAAAAAUGUGAAGCCUACCACCACAGUAGAGACCAUCCUGAAAGCCUUGGAUCCCUUUGCAUACCUGGAUGAAAGAAAUGUCCGCUUGGUGAAGGCCAAACAGCCAGGAGGGAGGUGCUUCUGCUUCGUGGACAUGGACUCCCAUGAGGUACCUGUAGAGAAACACGACUAGAGCAGGGUCUGUGAUGCCUCUCUGUACCCUUAUAAAACCCUGCUCUUACCAUUUGUCUUUCAUUGCAGCAAGUGAAACGUCUCGUCGAGCUCCUCACUAAACCCAGGCCCCUCUACAUUGACGGAGUUCGAGUAUUUGCUGAGGUUGCCAGACCCCUGAAGAAUCAAAAGUAAGUCGAGGAGUUUCCCAUUCGCGACUCGUGUUGGAGACGUCUUAAUAGAUUUGAUGUUUUGAUUCUGAUGAUAUUUUUUCUGUAACAGAAAAGAGUUUGACAGACAGAACAGUUCCAUCCUUGGUCAACCACCUGAGGCCAGCAUUAUGGGGGUAUGCUGAUUUCUUGUUACAAAAUCAGGAAGAGAAGAAGAUGGUCUGAGUUUUUAGGUGACAUGAUUUCUUUUUCUCCGGAUAUUUCAGCAGCAGCAGUACCCACACCCCCCACAGUUUUUGCCGCCACCCACUGGUUUCCCAACUGGUGUCCCAACUGGAAUGCAAGGUAAGACUUGCUGAGGAAAGAGAGUCUUUUAUCACUACUGAGCAUGACUGAAAACCUGUAUUUACGAGACACAUCUCUUUGACCAGGUGAUUUGAUGACUCGUAGCGCUAUACCUGAUCUGGCGUCAGACCUAAGCAUAGGACAGGUAGGUUAAAAGACAAAGAGCUAAGCUGUGGAAAUUUUUCCCAAGAAGCAAAGUAGUGAACUUAUCAUCUCCUCUAACACUUCCUAGGGCCUUGCCUACGGUGAGGCUCCAGUUAUGGAUCCCUCGUAUCAGGCUGGUGUCCCCCCUGUUGUCCCAGAAUCAGCUGGAAUGAUGGUCCCUGUAGAUGGAUCACAGACCUAUGUUUAUGGUAAGAGACAAAUCACUUAUGUGAAAAUAUCACUUGGAUUUAGGACUGGGCGAUUAGGCAAAAAAGUUAUCACAAUAUAUUUUGUCAUAUUGUCUAAUCUGAAAGUAGAGAUUAGUUCAACAUUUUAUUAACAUACAAAGUAAAUUGAAUAAGAAACUUAGAAAACUUUGGAGAUACCCAAACCACCGUCCCACAACCGAAUAACUUUUCUUCUCAUCAUGGCAUCUUUGGAGGAUGACUUAAAGUCAUGACUGACAUCUAUUUUGCUGCCCUCAGCUCCGUGCUUAGCUCCAGCUAUUUGUGAAGUGAGCAGAAAAAGCUCAACUGAUUGGCUGUUGUCAUGCAUAUUUCCGCAACGUUUGAUUGAGUAAAUAUGCUCCCAGCUGAUCACCGUGAUCGAACUGAAAUUUAAGACGAUCAUUAAUCACGAUCAUAUAAUUGCCCAGUCCUACUUUGAAUAUUCCCUACUAGUAUCCUGCUACAGUUUUUGCAAUAAACACGAGAUACAUGUAUCCUAAAGAAAAGGAUAAAUGCUCAAUUAGGACCACCAUCCCACCCCAGCAUAUACUACAUCCUUCCAUUGACCUUCCAAAUGGCCCCUAGUGACACAAUCAAAACAACACUGACACCUUACGAGGACCCAGGCUCUGUGUUUACAGGCUUCAGGUAUUGAUGACACUAACACUUCCCAUUAUAUAUCCUUUAAUGAGAAGAGAGCAUGCGUGUCACUGGGGUUAUCAAGUGGGCGUCUCCCUUUUAGACACGUCAGGGAUUCUUAACGGUUUGCUCUGGCAUCCUGGAGCAACCUUCCUUAUGUUCGUCCUCACAGACUAAUACACUGGCAUGCUAAGAAAAAAGGAAAAGGAAAAACCAAAAUGGAGAGCAGAGUCUGUAGGGAGAUGCUUCAAAGGAGGCAGGGAAAACAGUGCCAGGCACAAGAUCUGGAAAUCUGUCGCUAAAAAAGAACAACCCAUGAAUAAUAUACAGUUUGCAAACACUGACGGCUGCUAGAAAGAACAGUUGUAUUACACUCCCUGCAGCCUUUUCUCAGAUGAAACUUCUUGGUGUAACAAAGCUUUGUUUGAACCUUGGACUGAUGAUAUUUUUUCAAAAUUUUCCAGGCUCUGAGACUCCAGACAUGACCAACUACUUGUAUGAUUCUACAUCAGGCUUCUACUACGACCCUGAGACGACACUGUACUACGACCCUGGCUCGAGGGUGAGAAUACAAGCCCAAGAGUGGGCAACAGCUGCCUGUUUGAAACACUGGAGUAGUUUUGUGGUUUAAAAUUUUAUUUCAUCCCAUAGUGAGUAAUCCAUCAGAGGAAAUCAAGACUUUGCAGUUAAACAUUCACCAGGACAGAAGUCUGUCAAAACUAAACCAAAUCAAGUCACUGUGAAAAAGAUAGAGGAGGUGAUUUGAUUGUUUCUAAAGCGAGUCAACAUGUCACCUUUUUAAUCUGUUUCCUGUGUUUAGUACUUCUACAAUGCUCAAACCCAAGAGUACUUGUACUGGGAUGCCAUGUCAAAGACCUACAUCCCAGUUCCAGGAGGGACUCCAUCAGAGACUCAAUCUCUGCCCAUGACAGCUGAAGACCAGGCCAUUCUCUCCAACCCAGCAGCAGACGCUCCUCUGGAAAUGAAGAAGGCAGCCGCUCCCCCUCCCCCAAUUGCAAUCCCGGUAUCAGUUCCUGCGUCGCCUACCAUGGCUGCUGCCGCUCCUCCUGCUGCUGUCCCCGUUUCCGAGGCCGUCACUCUCACACCGUCUUCAGAGAAAAAAGAGGAGGAGGAACUUCCCAGAAAGGACAAAGAGAAGGACGAGAAGCCCAGAAGUCUUGCUGCUGUCAAGGUAGAGCUGCAGUUACACACACUCUGUGUUAAACACAGAUCUUUAAAGGGGAGAGGGUGAAGGAAUGAGUUGCUGUUUUGCAGAUCAUGAAAGAUAUGGAGCGCUGGGCGAAGAUCCAGAACCGUCAGAAGGACAGUGUCCGUGCAGCGUCACCGGUGCUGAAAAGCGGAGUCGACGAUGACAGGAGGCAAUCCAAGUCUGCUGACGCUGGGUUUGCUAUCUUUGAGAGAAAGGUUAGUGUGCGACCUCAUACGGCCUCACACCUAUUCUGCACAUGUACUUUCUGAAAGUGGAUGUAAAUGGAACUUUAUCUCACCCUCCGCUCUCCUUAGAUCUCAGGUGGAGAAGAUCUGUUCAAGAAGCCACUUGCUCCUCCCAAGAAAGAUGAAAAGUCAAAGGUAAACGUCCCUCUGUUUAUCGAAGUCUGAGAGCAUGACACUGACACUUCAUCUGCUCUACUUAAAGGUUCAUUUCAGAAACGAAAUGUUGCAGUUAGAUCAAUUCUUUGGCUGACUGAAGUAGGGAUGUUCCGAUACGAUAUUGAUCGCGGAUAUCGGCCCGAUAUCCGAUACUGAUUGCGGAUUUCAGCCAGAUAUUCGAUGCUGAUCGUGGGUAUUGGUCCGAUAUCAGCAAAAAGACAAAUAUCGGAUUAUACCGACCUACAUCUAAAAUCGCCAAUAUCAGCACUCCGAUACAAGCAGUCCAUUCCAGACUCUGCUCCCGCGCCUCUAUCUAGCAGCAUCCCGGUCUAGCAUGCAGAGCCCACAUGAUCGCAACAACAGUGUGUGCUAAGCUAACAAAGUAGCAAGGAGUAAGAAUGAUGUUGGCCCGUGUGGCAGUAUUUUCUUGUUUGAGUCCAAAAAAAGACAUCGCAGCUGAGUGCAAAACUUGUCACACACAAGUUUAUGCUAACACCGGAUCAAUAUCGGUGUUGGCCAGUACUGAAAGCUACAAUAUCAGUAUCAUAUCAGAUGUAAAAAAAAGUUGUAUCAGGGCACAAGGGCUGUAAUCAGCCAAAGAAACUCUUAGUUGACUAACCUGAAAUUUUCAACCAAAAAUCGACUAAUUGGGGGAAGGGUCUUCCGACUCUGAUGGCAAACCCCUCAGCAGUGGGGGACGAUACAAUAUUAUAUUAAAAUAUUAUAUUUAUAAUUAAGGUGGACGCUCUCCAAUCUUCCCGUCUCUAGUUGCUCUCCAGUUGGUUGGGCAAAUCCAAAAUAUUGAAAACAAGGGGGGUGUUCUGAGACUGGCUGUUACCUGUAAAAUGGGGGCGCUCCGAAAACACCCCCAUCAGUAUUAGGUACGUUUCUCUUGAUGAAAUUAACCGUAGACUUUAAAUUGACGCAGAAAAAAAAUGGAGUCGGCCAAUCAAAAUUUUAGUCGACUCAGCACGGAUCAACCAAUAAGUCGACCAGUUGACUAGGACUUUACAGCCCUACAGGACACUCCUAGACUGAAGCUGGAAAUGAUCAAUAAAUAGUUUUGUGUUUGCUUUCUUGUUCGGUUUUUCUCUUCAGCGCCCAAUGGGUUCACUGGGUAUGCUGGCGUCUGACUAUGCAGCUGGAAGUGACGAAGAGGUGGAAGAGGAUAAAGAGGAUGCCACUAAAAGCAGCCAGGGAGGCCAGCCUGAAGACAAGGACAGCAAACUUACAGACUGGAAGAAGAUGGCGUGCCUGCUUUGUCGAAGGCAGUUUCCCAACAAGGAUGCUCUGAUCCGCCACCAGCAGCUUUCAGACCUGCACAAGGUACUCAAGAUUGUAAAGACACAGCUGGUUGGUGUCUAUUAAAGCCAGACAUUAUAAGGGUAUGAAAGAGUUUGUCUUGAAUCACCUCUCUAAUUUCUCCACAGCAAAAUAUGGAGAUCCACCUUAAGAUCAAGAGGUCAAAGAAGGAGCUGGAAGCGUUGGAGAACCAGGAAAAAGAAGUAAGGGGGGAAUUUUGUGCUGCUUGUGUAGCUUAUACGAACUCUUGUCACAGUUGAUCACUAAAGGAUUAAUUGGUCCCUCACAGCUAAAUGCCAGGGAAGGUACCAGAUCCCCAGAGCCGAAAAGGAAAAAACACCAUCACCAACAACAACAGCAGCAGCAGCAGCAUCAUAACACUUGGGCUGGAAGCUCCAGGUAAGUUUUCUUGAGUUCACUUUGUUCAGAUUAAAACAAAUAAUUCAAGUGGAUUUCUUUAUGAAAUUUGUCUCUUGUUUUUUCUUUAUUCUCAGGGACAGCAAAGUCAGUGAGAGACCCGGUUUAGGAGCUGAACCUGCCCCAGUAAGUGUUUAGUUUGCUUGACAGGCAAAUUAUCAGUCAAAAAAAAACUUCCCAUAGGUUUAUUUAUUUAUUUUAAUUUUGUGUCGUUCUUUUGUCUUUAGCAGAGGAAAAAGAAAGAGCCAGUAGUUUGGGACCAUGCUACCUACAAACAAGCAGUUCGGAAGGCCAUGUUCGCACGCUUCAAGGAACUGGAGUGAUCACAUCUGAACACGUCUUGACUUUGAUAUGUGAACUCUUUAUAUGACAUGCUUUCCCCCUUUGGAUCAAGAAAUUUCUCCACACUGGCUUGACCGUUUCUAUGAACAUUAUGACACUACAAAGCCACAGAGAUCUACACUGAAGAGAUCCGGUCCAUGAUUACCGUCACAAGGCCACACUGGGGCGUCAAGUCCUGGAUGAAGCGUUAAUUUACAUCUUCAAGAAUGAAUGCUGUACAGAAAUAAUUAUUUCAUGCUAUUUGUGAACUUUUCACCCAUGAUCUUUGUAAAGUUGUGAAAUUUGUCCAGUUUUUCUUUUUUUUUUUAAGUCCACAGGUUCACAGUCCAGGAGAGUUUUACUGUAAAAGAAAACAUUUUUUUACAUUUUCAUUUUCAUGGGUGAAUUGCUAAUACAUGUUUACUUUUUUUAAAGGUGAAAAUGAUUAACCAAA